CCUCCUCCACCUCCCUCUCCCCACCGCCGCCGCCCUUCGCCCUCCCCUCCUCGAACCAGCAGCAGCCCAGCCCGGUGCACCAUGUCGUUCGCCAACUCGACAAAGGUCUCGCUCGACCUGCGCGGUCACCGCCUCUCGCUCGAGCGCGAGGCCCUCAUGGAGCUCCCCGAGUCGGUCCUCCUGUGCCUCUUCCCGAACGGCGUCGUCCUCAGCCCGCAACGCCCGCCACGCACUUCGGUCCAGUCGACCGACGACGACGACGAGGAAGAAGAGGACGUCUACUUUGUCGAUUUCGACGCACGGUGCCUCGAGUUCGUCCUCGACUUCUUCGGCGCCGCCCGCGACGCCUUCUACGGUCCUGCCGACGGUCCUCGCCGUGACCUGUCGCUCACGUCGCCCAUCGCCCAGUACAACGGCCAGAACCCGCUCUUCCUCAAGCAGUCGGUCAUCGUCCUCCGCGAGGAGCUCGAGUACUUUGCGAUCCCGCCCGGCCAGGCGAGCACGACGGCGCCGGGCGCCGACGCGCACACGCUCGACCACCCGGCGUCGGACGACGCGGGCAAGCCCAACGCGGCCCUGUCGCAGCUCAAGGUCGACUGCGGCCACGCCCUCCUCGAGCACCGCAGCAUCUUUACGGCGCUGCAGCGCAACGUCAGCCGCGACAACAACGUCGCCGAGCAGCACCUGAUCGACAUGCUCUGCAUGAGCGGCUUUGAGCGCGACGACGUGUGGGGCUACCGCUCGCUCGAGCCGACGCGGUGCUGCAUCGCGUCGAUCGCGCUCGUCCUCCUCAAGACGGGCAUCGUGCACCCGCCGAUCGGCGGCAGCGCGUCGGCGCCGGCGAGCCCGACGGCGCCCGAGGACGGCUUGGCGUCGGCGCAGGGCGACGACGGCGGGGCGGGCGGCGUCCAGGUCAACACUCAGCAGCUCGCGACGGCGCAGAAGCUGCUUCUCUUCUGGCGCAAGCCUGCGCGCAAGGUGUGGUGGGACCACAGCACCGAGACGCUCGCGAACGGCAAGGAGGUCAAGAUCUGGGCGCGGCGAGUGUGGACGCUCGAGCUGAGCCUGAUCUGAGCCGUCGUCGUCGUCGUCGUUGUCGAGGUGCAGGCGGCGUGCAGAUUCCCCGGUCGCGAUACCCCCCCUUUUCCCUCGCUCGUCUUGUUUCCGUAGCUUGGUCCGGCUCUCUUCUUGUACAUACCCGUCGUAUCCAGC